AUGGACCAGAUACACAGCUCGCAUGUUGGCAUUGAAGCUUGCCUGAGGCGGGCUAGAGAGUGCCUGUAUUGGCCAGCAAUGAAUUCGGAAAUUCGCGAUUUCAUUGUUGCAUGUGAAAUCUGCAACUCGAUGCCCAAGAAGCAGCAGGAGGAGACGUUAGUGCCACAUGAUGUGCCUGGUAGGCCAUGGGCUACGGUGGGAACAAAUCUGUGCUAUAUCGAUUGGUUGAAUUACCUCGUCACCGCGGAUUACCACUCAAACUUUAUUGAGGUAGAUUAUCUGGAGGAUACCAGAGCAGAAACGGUUUUCACGAAGCUAAAGGCACAGUUUUCACGCUACGGAAUACCGGAUUCUGUCGUGAGUGACAACGGCCCACAGUUUUCGUGUGAUGUGUUUGCGAACUUUAGCAGGAAGUGGGGUUUUGAGCAUAACACCUCAUCUCUUCGAUAUCCGCAGAGUAACGGUAAAGUAGAAAAUGCAGUGAAGACAAUCAAGAAUCUAAUUAUGAAGUCAAAGAUGGCAAAAUCUUAUCCUUACCUGGCUAUUCUGGACUUCAGGAACACUCCAACCCAGAGAGUAGGGUCGUCGCCAGCACAAAGAAUCUUUGGUAGGCGUACAAAGACGUUGCUACCCACCACUGCAGCUCUGCUCAAUCCCCGAGGUUUACCCCAUGACUGCGAGAGGGAGAGGAUCACCCUACUAAAGCACAAGUCUGCAAAAGAUCUAAGAGAGUUGUCGCAAAUUGAUGUAGUACGGGUACAGCCUGCCCCAGAGGGAAAAUGGGUUAAGGGUUGUGGGACCAUACAAGGUGACGGUGUUGGGAGAAAAUGA